AUGGCGCCGAUUUCUGGGCUUCUAAGAACACGCCUGAACCAGGCGAAAAGAAGUGUUCAAAUGGAGGACGUUGCGAACGACUCAGAUAAUCUUCUAAGGAAUCGUGGCGCUCGCAUCGGAGCAGAUUCAGAGACAGUUGUGACAGCGGGUGGAAAACCAAGCCCCUCUAUCGACACCGUAACCACCACUGUAGUAUCAGACGGCGGUCGCUGCGAGACCAACAACUCCUCAAGCAUCCUCGUAAUAGGGCAGAUCGUAGAUGCCUCUGCUCCAGAACGCUGGGGACUGUUCCCCGAAGAACUGCUCGGGUGCCUUUUUGAUGUCGUCGUGGGUUUGGGAGUCUUGACCAUCCAGAUGACGUUGGAGAUAGGAAAAAAGGUGGUAAUCCGAGGGAGCCAGAUCUGGGGAAUACGUACUUUGGCGUGGGCGAGAAUCUGUUUGAUACAACCGGAAAAAAUUACUCAAGAACAAGCAGCUAAUACGGCUACAAAGCCAUGGGCUGAUGAGAUAGCAAAGUAUGGAUUAUCAGCAAUGAACGAAUAUAGAAGUGACAUAGGACAUGCCACAAAGGUAUUGUGGGCGGAGACACUGACAGUGGGUUGUGGAAUCACGCACUGCAGUAAUGGAUGGAUUAUGGUUGUAUGCCAAUACUAUCCACCAGGAAACCACAUUGGUUCGUCGAUGUACAAAGAAGGGACGACGUUGUCGGAAUGUGGUCCAGAAAGAAGACAAGAGAUUCCUCUCCUGAAACUGGGCUAUGUGAAUUGUUGUAAGAGGAAAAAAACGAAACAAUAA